AUGACCCAGACCCCGAUGAUGGAUUUAAUUAUAAACAAAUGAUGGUGCGAGACGAGCGACGUUUCAAGAUGGCCGACAAAGAUGGAGACCUGACUGCCACCAAGGAGGAGUUCACGGCCUUCCUGCACCCUGAGGAGUACGACUACAUGAAGGACAUCGUCGUGCAGGAGACCAUGGAGGACAUUGACAAGAACGGGGACGGCUUCAUCGACCUGGAGGAAUACAUUGGAGACAUGUACAGCCAGGACGGGGACGCCGACGAGCCCGAGUGGGUGAAGACGGAGCGGGAACAAUUCGUGGAGUUCCGCGACAAGAACCGCGACGGCAAAAUGGACAAGGAGGAGACCAAGGACUGGAUCCUCCCCUCCGACUACGACCACGCCGAGGCCGAGGCCCGGCACCUCGUCUACGAGUCCGACCAGGACAAGGAUGGCAAGUUGACCAAAGAGGAGAUCGUGGAGAAGUACGACCUGUUCGUGGGCAGCCAGGCCACGGACUUCGGCGAGGCCUUGGUGAGGCACGACGAGUUCUGA